AAUCUUAAUGUUAGAAUAGACAUUGGAGCAUAGGAUUCCGUUUCCAAAUAUUACCGUUCCAGAUAUUUCCCUUGUCCUUAUGACCCUUCUCUCUGCUUCACUUCACUCUCCUUAACUUUCUCAUACAAUACAACUAACAGACAAACCAGCCAACAUGGCCGAUGAAACUCCAGCCCAGAAUCCCCCUAUGGCAGCAGCGCCGCUGCCUCCAACCUCUGCCACGGUGACCGACUCCGAGUCACCUGCUGUUUUAGAAAAACAAGACCCUUCCCCGCCGUCUCAUGUACCAGCUGUGUCUGUUUCUGUUACCGAAUCUGCUUCUACGACUAUAGCUGAAAAUGAAGAGCAGGCUCCGCCACCGGAACCGGCGGCAUUGGAACCUGAUUCAUCGGAUAAAGGGUCAGGGAAAGAGGAGCUGCCUCCGACGCCACCGCCGCAAGCAGUGGAGUCAGAAUCUGAGCCACCUGUUGUCACCGAGGCACCAAAGGAAGAAAACCCACCAGCUCCAGCAGCAGAAACUGUAGUGAUAUCGGAAUCCGAGUCGCAGCAACCGCCUGCUCCACUGCAGCAGGAGGUGGUUACGGAGUCGGAGUCACUGGCGGCGAUGAUGGAGAAAGAAGAGACGGGAGCACCAGCAGAGCCUACUGCGGCGGGUACUACUACUACUACUACAACUAGUGCUCAAGAAGAGGUGGCUGCUGCUGUUGAAGAGAAAAAGGUUCCUCAAAAUCUGGGUUCUUUCAAAGAGGAAAGCAACAAGGAAGCUGAUCUAUCCGAUUCCGAAAGGAAAGCUUUGGAAGAACUGAAGCAGCUUGUUAGAGAAGCAAUAGACUCUAACCUUUUCAAUUCAGAAUCCAAAAGUGAAGAAAACCCAGAAAAGGAAAAGAAACAAGAAUCAAAAGAGGUAUCCAUUUGGGGUAUUCCUCUCUUAAAAGAUGAAAGGAGCGAUGUUAUCCUUUUGAAGUUCUUAAGGGCAAGGGAUUUCAAAGCCAAAGAUGCCUUCGUAAUGAUCAAAAACACGAUCCGGUGGAGGAAAGAGUUUGGGAUCGAUGAGCUUUUGGAUGAAGAUCUUGGUGAUGAUAUGGAGAAAGUUGUGUUCAUGCAUGGACAAGAUAAGGAAGGCCAUCCCGUUUGUUACAACGUUUAUGGCGAGUUCCAGAAUAAAGAAUUGUACCAGAAAGCGUUUUCGGAUGAGGAAAAGCGAAUGAAGUUCCUGCGAUGGCGAAUUCAGCUCUUGGAGAAGAGUAUAAGGAAGCUUGAUUUCAGUCCUGGUGGUGUUUCCACCAUUUUCCAGGUUAGUGAUCUCAAAAACUCGCCUGGACCUGGAAAAAAGGAGCUUAGAUUGGCAACAAAACAGGCUCUUCAGGUUCUUCAAGAUAAUUAUCCAGAGUUUGUUGCAAAACAGGUGUUUAUUAAUGUUCCUUGGUGGUAUCUGGCAUUCUAUACAAUGAUUAGUCCAUUUAUGACCCAAAGAACUAAGAGCAAGUUUGUCAUUGCACUGCCAUCUAAAUCUGCUGAAACACUUUUCAAAUACAUACCACCUGAGCAAGUGCCAAUUCAAUAUGGUGGUUUGAGUGUCGAUUAUUGUGAUUGCAAUCCAGAAUUCAGUGAUGCUGAUCCUGCCACUGAGAUGACUGUGAAACCAGGGACAAAGCAAACUGUCGAAAUAACAAUCUUUGAGAGAUGUAUUCUUGUUUGGGAAAUCAGGGUAGUUGGAUGGGAGGUGAGCUAUGGAGCUGAAUUUGUGCCUGAUGCUAAAGAUAGCUACGCGGUCAUCAUUCAAAAACCGACCAAGAUGACUGCAAAAGAUGAACCAGUUGUGUCUCAAAGCUUCAAAGUUGGUGAACUGGGUAAAGUAUUGCUAACUGUUGACAACCCAACUUCAAAAAAGAAGAAGCUUCUCUACAGGUUUAAGGUUAAACCCUUCUGCGACUGAGGGUAUUACUCGUACUAUGAUUUAAUUUAUUCUUGUCUAAAUUUUGGGCAAAUCACUUGUUCAUUUUUCUUUGUUUUUGCAUCUUUGUGAGGAGCAUGGUUGACAGCAAGUUGCUCAUGGUUUUGAAAUUUGUUCUUGGCAUGUUGGGUUACCCUGGUGUUGUGCAUUGUAUAUUUCUCUGGUGUAUCAUAUCUAUAUUGUGGAACCUUUUACACUGUUAUAGAUUUGUAAGAACACAAGGGAUUGUUUGGUUUAUGUAAUCUAUUUUUCAGAUUCCAUAAUUUCAAUUUGAUAUUAAUUUUUGGACCUAUAA